AUGGUUCACCAACUUCCUACUAAUGAGAAAGAUUCAAAAAGGAUAUCUUUAUUAGAACAACGUGUAGAAGAUUUAGAAAAUACAUUAUUAAGAACUGCUAAUACCAUUUUAGAGGCGAGAGUUGCAGAGUUAGAAACUUCUUUAAAAGAGUCAAAUGAAGAAUGUGAUAAAUUACGAAGAAGGCUAGCGGAAACGGAAAUGGCCAUGAGAAAAGAUGUUUCCGAUUGUGGUGAUAGCGAUAUCGAAAAUAUUUGUGAAGAUGUUUGUGAAGAUACUUUUAAAGAUAUUGAAUUUGACCGUGUAUAUGGCCGUAUAUUAAAACUCGUUAAUACUAUGAAGUCUGAUUGUACCACGGCCAUCCAUUUUAAAAUUUCUAUGUCAAGUUUACCUAAAUUCCAAAGUCCAAAACUAUCCAGCCCAUCUGGCUCUCCAAGGACUCCUCCUGCUAGUCCUUUAACACCAUCGUCUGCAAAGACUCCUCCUGUUAGUCCUUUCACACCAUCGUCUGCAAAAAUACCUAUUCAUUCGAGAACAUCUAGCAUGUCAACUGGUUUAAUCUCUUCAAGACCCAAUACGCCUUCCAGUAGUAUCAAGCCACCUUCGAGCAUUCCUAAUAGUCCAAUAAUGUCACCUGCAAGGAUUCCGGCUCCGUUGAAAACACAAGGUUUACCGUCCCCAAGUUCUUUACCAAAUACUCCUACUUCCAUUCGUUCUCCAACAACUUCGUUAAGUAAUCCUGCGAUUCAGCAAAGUUUAAGACUGUCAAGAUCAAGAACUCCAAGUUUAUCAAAUUUAUCAAAUUUAGCAUCAAGUUGUAAUUAUGAUUCUUCAAUACCAAGUCCUCUUGGUGCACAAUCUUCCCAAUCACCUAAUGGAAUUUCUUCGAUACCAAGUUAUCAUUCAAACAUUCCGUCGGGUCAUGCACCAAAGCCUACUGGUACUGAUACACUACUUAUGCAUGGUCGUGUUAAAAACAAAUAUUCUCAAAAUUAUUCCAACCUUACUCAAUCUACACCAUCAUCUCAAGCGAUUAAAGUAUAG